CCUCCCGCCGCCAUGCUGGGGACCUGGCUGUCCCCAGGGAGGGUGGAGGUGUCCGGUGGGGUGGCCGUGCUUCAGUGACCCCCCAGCCCCAUGGAAGCACAGGGCUGCACCGCCUCUGGGACAGCACCCGGCACCGCCCUGGGGUCCCCCAAAACCAUGGGGGCAGCGAUGCCCCGGCACGGCGGCACAGACUCCCCCGGCUGCAGGACACUGCCUGGCUCUACCAGGAGCAGGGAGGCCCGUGGGUCUGGCCCGGCUCGCCGGCCAUCACCGCUGCUCUCCUGACCUUGCCACCGGCCAGGGCCACGCGGGGCUGGGUGCCCGGUGUUUGGCACUGCCCGCGCAGGCACGCGCGCACGCCGCUGCCGGCCUGGCUCUGAGUCACGCACGGCGGCCGCACGCAGCAUCUGUGCCGGCUCCGCAGGCAGCGGCGGCUCCUGGCCUGGCAGCAGGGACCUGCUCUGCCCGCUCCCCCCCCAGCCCCGGCACAGCCCCCCUGCCGUCCCCACCCCAAGUCCCUGGGAGGAAGACGUUGAAGCCGGGUGCUGGCUGCCCACCGGUGGACGGUGCCGUGGGAUCCCUCCCGGACACAAGGACAGGAGAAGGACUGCUGUUGGGGACAGCACUGGGACGGGGAAGGAUGUGCUAAGGCCUCUGCCCCCCCCAGAGCCCGGCCCGGCCCCCCUGUGCCCCCCCAGGCCCGAUGCCCACCCGUGAGCCGAAUUGCAGCUGCGGCCGCGGGCCCAGCGUGGUGCAGGGGAAGUGGUACGGGGUCCGCUCCUACCUCCACCUCUUCUACGAGGACUGCACCGGGGCCAGCCCCGACGGGGAUGGGGAUGGAUCCUCACCCCAUGGAGCCUGGGCACCCCUCAUCUGGAAGGUGAGCCUCUCCACGGGGACCCUGUUCCUGCUCGUGGGAGCCGCCGCGCUGGCUGCCGUCUCCCUGGUGCCCCCGAAGCUGGAAGGGAUCGGGGAGGAGGAAUUCAUGGUGCUGGACGUGCAGGCGGUGCGGUAUAACCACGCGCUGGGGACGUGCCGGCUGGUGGGCACGGCGCUGUGCGUGGCGGCCGGGGCGCUGGGUGCCAUCGGGCUCCUCUCCUGUGCGCUGGCCCCGCGUCGCCCCCGGGAAGAGGAGCAGCAGCUCUCGCCCAUCCUGUGCGGCAGCCCCCCGCCACGGCCCCCCACCGCCUUCGCCCCGGCGGGAACGGCGAUGUCCUUCGGCGUCUCCCGCGUUCAUGGUGUCCAGCCCCGGUGGGACACCUAACGCCGGGGAGGCGACGGGUGAUGCCCGGCAUGGGGCCAAGCCGUGCUGCACCCCGGGAGCUGGCUGGAUCACCUGGAGCUGGUUUGCGGCGGGCGCUGCGGAGCAUCCAGCUCGGUCCCGGCACAGCUGCCGCGUCCCAUCGUCCCCCCCACCCUGCGGCCCCCGCACCCCGGCUUCCACAGCUGCCACUGCUCACUAAAGAUGCCGAGAAAUCCCUUCGCUGGCGGCUCGGUGGCCGUUGCUGUGUCUGCGUCAGAAACCCCGCGGGCGCCGGGUUUUUGCGUGGCAGCCGCCGCCGCCGGCAGCACCUCAUUCGGUUUGGCGUGGAAUCGUAUCAGAACCCAGGAACGAAACUAUUUGGCCCAGUUUCCCUGUUGGAGGCCGCCGAGGCUGUUGCUGGUGGCUGAGCACAGCGGUGGGCACCCGGGGGGCACGUGGGGCCACGUGCCCUCUCCUGCAAGUCCGGCACAGCCCAGUGCACCUCCUGCCUUGGCCACCACCAUCUCAGCUCCCCUGGGACACCCCUGCACCCCAGGGUGCUGCUGCAUCUGGGCAGGAGGGUCCUCGCUGCACCAGCGGUCAGUGCUAAGGAACCAGCGUCACUCCGGGGACAGAGACCACCUGAAGCCCCCAGGGGCAUCGCUGCCGCUCGCCCCGGGGCUGCCCGCGCUCCCCGGUGCGGAGAGGUUCCUGUCGCAUGUCUUCCCGAGGCCGGGACCCGCCAGGGCCUUUUAUCACCCCGCGGCAACCCGUGUGUUGCAAUACGCAGGCGUUGCGCAGCGCACCCUGCGUCCCCGGCCAGUAUGACCCUGGGGGCAUCCACCCACUGCUGGCACGGGCCGGCUGCAGCGGGCACCAUGGGGGUGCCAGGGCCCCAAAAUCUGGCCCUAUGUCCUUGAGAAAGCUGAGCUGCUCCUGUGGACUGGCACGGCCGGUGGCCUGGCACGCUGGCACAUCCUGCAUGACCAUGCCGUGGCAGAGCCAGGGUGGAGGGACCUGGCUGGCAGCACCCAGCAGCUCCUCCAGUAACCCUGGGCUGGAUCCAGUCACACCAGCUGGGCUUGGGCACAGCAGGAGAGGGCCAGCGGUCCCCUCAGGUGGGGACCAGGGCGGGAGGGCGAGGGGGGUACGGUGAGUGGGAGAAGGGCUCGUCUCCACACCCUUGUGGGGUGCUGAUACCGGUCAUGCACGGGGAGGGUGGUGGGGCAGGGAGGCAGGCAGGGCAGGCAGGGGAGCUGGGCCAGGCUGGGAUGUUGCAAUUGGGCUCACAGCAGCAUCCUGGAGGAACGGGAUGGGAUGGGAGCAGGUGACCGCCAAGCCCAGCCCGGAUCCAGCCUAGAGGAAGCAGCUGGAAGACCCCCAGGACAGCCCUGAGCUGGCGAGGCCAAAGUCCCCGCGCCCCCAGCCCCGUGUGCCGUCCCCACGCACGGUGACCCCGGACUGCCGGCCGCGGCGGAUCGGGCCGUACGUCCUGCUGGAGCCGCGGGACGGGGACUGCUCCUGCCGCACCGUGCACGGCUCCACCGAGGCCGAGAACAACUGCCAGGUACGGGCAUCCUGCACUCUCCAGUGUGGGCAACUGCUCCUUGAGGAGGGUGUGGAGGAAGAGCUGCACAGUUAAGUGCCUGGAGGUGCCGAUGAGCAGGAGAGGGAGAGGAAGAGGAGGGCUCCAAGGCCUGAGAGCUGAGGUGCCCAGGAGUGCAGCUGGUGGCUGUGGCAGAAUGUGGCUGCCUGGACCGGGAUGCUGCUGGGAGGGCUCCGUGUGCGCCGUCAGCUCUGGGUGCCCGACCUUGUGCCUUCAGAGACCGGGCCACCAGCAAAGUUGUGAUGGCCGAGAGCAGGGACGGGGUGGGGGGAAACACAGCCGUAGCCCCCACCCUCAGCACGGUGCUGAGCCGUGCCAAGCUGUGCCCAGCCUGCACAUGCACAGCAUGCCAGGCUGCAUCCAUAGCUGCGAGGGACCCAGACCACCGUUUCCCCAUUUGUGCUCUUUUUGGGUAAAUAAAAGACGUGUGACAUUU